UUACAUAUUAUUAUAAGUACAUUUACAAGGAACCUUGCAUGACAUCAAUUUUAACGGGGGAGAUGUGGAUGAAAGAAGUGAUAAAUGGUCACCCUAUUCGAUGUGUCAAUGCAUUUAGGAUGGAGCCUCAAUUAUUUUUGAGAUUAUGUAAGGACUUAUCAUUACAUUAUGGGUUAAAAGCUAGUGGUAACAUGCCUAUUUUCGAGAAAAUCGGCAUAUUUUUGUACGCAAUUGCUCAAGGUGCCUCAAAUAGAGUUCUUGGUGAGCGUUUUCAACGUUCUGGUGAUUCUAUUAGUAGAGCAAUUCAUGAAGUUCUUAAUUCAAUUUCUUGUCGAAAGGUGAAGAGUCUUGCACAUGAUAUUAUAAAGCCUUAUGAUCCCGAUUUCACAAGUGUGCCUGCAAAAAUAGCUCAAGAUAAAAGAUAUAUGCCAUUUUUUAAGGAUUGUAUUGGAUGUAUAGAUGGUACACAUAUAACAGCAUGUAUACCCGAGGAUCAACAAAUGCCUUAUAGAGGAAGGAAAGGAAUUCCCACAUUUAAUGUAAUGGCUGUCUGUGAUUUUGAUAUGUGUUUUACAUUUGUAUCGGCGGGUUGGGAAGGUUCAGCACAUGAUACUCGGGUUUUUCUUCAUGCGAUUGAAACUCCAGAAUUAAAUUUUCCUAAGCCACCUGAAGGUAAGUACUACUUGGCUGAUAAAGGGUAUCCAGAUCGAAAGGGUUAUUUGGUACCAUAUCCCAAAACAAGGUACCAUCUAGAACAAUUUAAACACACACCUCCACGAGAUGAUCGAGAAACUUUUAAUCGCUGGCACUCAUCUCUUCGAAGUUGCAUUGAGAGAUGUUUUGGAGUCCUGAAGCAGAGGUGGAAAGUACUUACUAACAUGCCACAAUAUAAUGUUGAGACACAAAUACAAAUUAUGGUUGCUACAUUUGCAUUGCAUAAUAUAUUAGAAUAAAUUCACCUACUGACCCCCUUUUUAGAGUUUUAGAGGAGUAUCCUGAUUUUAUACCCUCGUCGGAGCUUCCUGAUGUUCAUGUUACUUCAGAUGGUGGAAUUAGAACGGGAAGCUCUACUGAAAUGCAGAUUAUUCGUGAUAAGAUAGCGGAAUCUUUAUGGCGAGCUAAACGUAGCCAAGUAAAUUAAUGUAAAGGAUAUUAGUUUUUGUAGAAUGUGUUCCUGAUGAAGACUAUUUUUUGCUUUUUAGUUAAUGCAUAUGAAUGCCAUUUUAUUAUUUUCGUGUUUCACAAGCCUAAUUUUAAAUUUAUGCUAAAUUUAUUUGGAGAGUUAGACAACAUUAUUGAAUUAUUCGAAAUAAUAUUAUUUUUUCAUAUUUUA